CAUCAACUCAAAAUUCUCUCCCCAUUAUUAUUAACACUUUACUUGUUGGGUUCUACCUAGUAUUGAUUGUUACUUGUUACCCACCUGGGUUAUUCAUUAACUUCUAAUUGUCUUUUAUUCCGAAUCUGAAAGAUUCUCGGAGUUUGUGACUUCUAGUGUGCAGAGAGAACUUGGCUUCCGACACCCGCUUGCCUCUACUUACUUACCAUGAGUCGAGGCCGAGCAGGAAGGGAAAUGUCCACCGGAGAAGAUGGAGGGGCGGAUUCCCCGUUUUCAGCCACCGGCUCGAAUCCAGCCGUUGCAGCUACAGAGAACACGCUACUGUUAUACCCCGACUCGUCGUCUGCUGCUCGUUCAAGUUGGUCUCGUCGUCAGUCUGCCAGGGAAGCCGAAGCCGGCCUACGGCAUGAGGACGAUGAAGAGGGGGGGGAGGGGCUGGAGGGCGAGGAGAUAGAUCCGAAUGAGUUUGACAUCCUCCUCUCCAAGUCCGUCCCCACGAGCGGCGGCUUCCUCGAGCCUGCGGUCACCGAGACGCCCAUGUUACGCGGGCCCCGUCGUCGCCGUCUGAGUUCCAUUUCCGCCCGACGUCGUUCCAGCACCUCCCUCAUACCGGGUCAUCGCCCGAGCAUCCUCAGGCCUACGACCGAAGGCGACGAAUCUCCGUCUUCUUCUUCUACGUCCAUCUCAAGGCGCCUGUCGCGCGAGCUCUCCGAGGGAACCAUCUAUUCCGGCUCCACUGCCCGGGAAGGCGCCCAGGUCGAUGAGCGAUACCCCCUCCUUGCGCCCUGCGAUAGCGGCAGCAGCUUCGCCCUGGCCGAAACCACCCCGGAAAGCCCUUACCUGAUCGAUAUAAGCCACUCCCGCUUCUGGCUCAUCUUUACCGAUAUUCUCCUCAGCUUCUUCAUCUCCUGCUUCGACAGCACCAUCAUGGCCUCCUCUCAUCCCGUCAUCACCUCGUACUUCAAUGCUUCCAACAGCGCCGCCUGGCUCUCGACCGCCUUUCUCCUCACCUCCACUGCUUUCCAGCCUUUGCUGGGUCGUAUUUCCGAUUCCCUGGGCCGAAAACCCCCUUACAUGUUUACUAAAGUCAUUUUUGCUGUUAGUACCCUAUGGUGUGCUUGUGCGGGGAGCAUGACGAGCUUCAUCCUAGCGAGGGCGGUUUGCGGAAUCGGUGCUGGCGGGAUGAUGACCUUGGGAGGCAUCAUCAUGAGUGACAUUGUCCCCAUCGAACAGAGAGGCGCAUAUCAGGGAUACAUGAACAUUAUAUACGGUGCUGGCUCUGCUCUAGGCGCAGCACUGGGAGGUGCCAUGGCCGACCACCUCGGCUGGCGAUGGGAGUUCGGCGUCCAGGUGAUCCCGUUGAUCCUUCUCUGCUUCAUAGCCCACGUUGCCAUACCAGACGAUCUGGGCCUCGAGACGAAGAAGGAGUCUUUCAUGGAAGCCAUGAAAACCUUUGACAUUAGGGGUUCAGUCUUACUCACAGUCUCCAUCACCUUUUUCAUCUUGGGCUUGAAUCUAGGUGGCAAUGUCCUACCAUGGUCUCACCCUUUUGUCAUCGCCUCCCUCGUCAUAUUCGCCGUCUGCUUUCCUUCUUUUCUUCACAGCCAGUCCCUGGCGGAGCGUCCCAUCAUGCCUCUCUAUCUCAUUACCCAGGCUCCUCGAGCAAACCUGAUAUUUGGCAACUUCAUCGCCUCUAUAUUAUCAAAUGCCGUCCUCUUCAACAUUCCGCUCUUCUUCCAGGCCGUCCUCCUCACCUCCCCUACAACCUCGGGCCUCAACCUCGUUCUUCCCACCCUCGUCUCCUCCGUGGCCGGCACAGCAACCGGGUUCCUGAUGGCCUACACUCGCCGUCUCAAAUGGCCCAGCAUGUCCGGCGCCACUCUCAUCUUCAUCGGAACCACCAUCCUCUCCUUCCUCCGCCGCGGGUGGCCAGACCCGCUCUACCUCCUCGUCCUCUGCCCAUCCUCCAUCGGCCAAGGUUUCCAGUUCCCGGGUACCUUCAUGGCCGUGCUCGCCACGUCGGAACAGCGCGAGCAGGCCGUGGUGACGUCGACCCUCAUAGCCUGGCGCGGCCUGGGCAACAUCCUCGGCGUGGCCGCCAGCAGCCUCGUCGUGCAGAACGCCCUGACCGUCUACCUGCAGCGCUUCGUCCAGGGCCCGCUCCGGGACGAGGUCAUUGAACUCGUGCGUGAGAGCGUCGAGGCCGUGGCCCGCCUGGAGCAGCCGUAUCGCGACCAGGUCGUCAUGAGCUACGAAUCUGCUUUGCGCAUUACUUUUACCUGCUGCGCCGUGCUUGCGUUCAUCUCGGUGUGCCUGUUGUUGCCCAUUCGUCUGCCCAGGUUGGGGCAACGCCAGUAGGUAAAACGAACCAUCUCUGUCCAGAUUGAUCUGGGAUGAACGGAUAUGAACGGUAGCCUUUUCUUUUUUUUUCUUUUCUGUUUUUCAGCUACAUGCAUGGUUGGAUAUCAGAUACCCGGCGGGAAAGCAAAGGAGGGAAAGAUCCAACACUUUCGAGUACUUUGUUCCCAAAUGAAUAUAAAUGAAUAUCAAUACAACA